UCCUCCAAUAAGCGACUCUCCCUCCUCCAAAUCCCCCACAAAUGGCUACGGUAUCUUUUUUCUCACUUCUCCCUCUCCCACGCUCCCACUCCCCCUCUCUCCACCCCAAUCCCCCUCUCCUCUCUCCCCCUCCUCUUCUUCCUCUUCCUCCUCCACACCACCGCCGCCGCCGCCGCAGCCGCCGUGCUCCGCCGCUCCGGGUGGCGGCGCCCACGUCCCCCACCGCACCCAUCCCGAUCUCCGACGAAGAAGCGGCCCAGGAAACCCUAGAAGAGGCGGAGGAGGCCGAAACAUCGUCCUCUUCCUCCUCGGAGAAAUUCUCAUGGCGAGACCACUGGUACCCCGUCUCCCUCAUCGAGGACCUCGACCCCGACCGCCCUACCCCCUUCCAACUCCUCAACCGCGACCUCGUCCUGUGGCGUGGCCCCAACUCCGAUCAGUGGGUCGCGUUCGACGACCGUUGCCCCCACCGCCUCGCCCCCCUCUCUGAGGGGAGGAUCGACGAGAGCGGGUGCUUGCAAUGCUCGUACCACGGGUGGUCCUUCAACGGGACGGGUUCGUGCGUCCUGAUCCCGCAGGCGGCGGCUGAGGGUCCCGAGGCCCGGGCUGUGCGAUCGCCGAGGGCUUGUGUGACGAGGUUCCCUACUCUCGUGUCGCAGGGGUUGCUGUUCGUGUGGCCGGAUGAGAAUGGGUGGGAAAAGGCCGCAGCUUCGAAGCCCCCUAUGUUGCCAGAAGAGUUUGACGAUCCAUCGUUCUCGACGGUGACGAUACAGAGGGACCUGUUCUAUGGCUAUGAUACCCUGAUGGAGAAUGUUUCUGAUCCUUCCCAUAUUGAUUUUGCUCACCAUAAGGUCACUGGAAAAAGGGAUAGAGCCAAACCUUUGCCUUUCAAGUUGGAGUCUAGUGGUGCAUGGGGGUUCUCUGGUGCAGACUCUGGGAACCCACGUAUUAGUGCGAAGUUUGUUGCCCCUUGCUAUUACAUGAACAAAAUAGAAAUAGACACAAAGCUGCCCUUUGUUGGAGAUCAGAAAUGGGUUAUAUGGAUUUGUUCGUUCAAUAUACCCAUGGCCCCCGGGAAGACUCGAUCCAUUGUUUGUAGCGCUCGGAAUUUCUUUCAGUUUUCAAUGCCCGGACCUGCAUGGUGGCAGCUGGUCCCCCGAUGGCAUGAACACUGGACUUCAAACAAGGUUUAUGACGGCGACAUGAUUGUCCUUCAAGGACAGGAGAAGAUUUUUCUCUCUAAAUCAGCCGAGUCCUCUGCUGAUGUUAAUCAGCAGUAUACAAAGAUUACAUUCACACCAACUCAGGCAGACCGAUUAGUUCUAGCCUUUCGCAAUUGGUUGAGGAGAUUCGGCAACAACCAGCCCGAGUGGUUCGGUGUUCCCAACCGACAGGCUUUGCCCUCGACCGUCCUAUCUAAACGUCAGAUGUUGGACAGAUUUGAACAGCACACUCUCAAAUGCUCAUCUUGCAAAGCAGCUUACAACAAUUUCCAGACAUUUCAGAAGAUAUUCAUAGGCGCGACUGUGCUUUUCUGCGCAACAGCUGGAAUUCCCUCUACCAUCCAGCUUCGGCUUUUGAUCGCAGGGGCCGCUUUGUUAAGUGCUUCUUUGGCGUAUGCAUUGCAUGAGCUCCAGAAGAACUUCAUCUUUGUUGAUUAUGUGCAUGCGGAGAUCGAUUAAAACACUUCCAAGGUGUCGCGCAGUAUUAAUAGUUUCAGUAUAUAUAUUAGAAACUUGAUUGGACUUGUUUACAUGUAUAGUUGGGUACUUGUAUAGUUGAUGAAUGGUAAGUUUUGUAUAAUUUUUUUUUUUAAAAAAAUAAUCUUAGCCAUACAUCAUUUUCUUAUGGAAUGAAGCUAUAGAUUGUAUGUAAAAA